GUGAUUGCUCCUUAAAAAAAAGAAAAGAAAAAGGCGAUAUUGGGUGCAUCCAGUAUUAAGUGACCGACUAGUAUAUGAUCAGUUCGUAACGUUAUAUCCCAAUUUAAGAAUGUAUGAUAACAAAUUUUUUGACUAUUUGAGAAUGUCAAUCAAAUCUUUUGAUGAACUAAUUGAACUGAUCAGGCAAGAUAUUUCAAGCUCUGAAACGCAUUUAAGGCCAAGCGUGUCACCGGAAGAGAAACUCGUAAUAACUUUAAGAUAUCUUGGUACGGGUUGUUCAUUUGGAGAACUUAGCUACAAUUAUCGCCUUGGAAAAUCGACGGUUACAGGAAUUGUCCGCGAAGUAUGUAAAUCAUUGUGGAAUAAGUUGGUAAACAUAGUCAUGCCCGAAGCGACUGAAGACAACUGGAAGACAAUAGCACAAGACUUUGAGAGAUAUGCAAAUUUUCCAAAUUGCAUUGGUGCUAUACACGGCAAGCAUAUCCGAGUUAUAAAGCUUGCUGAUUCGGGAUCUUUGUACCAUAACUAUAAACAUUUCUUUUCCAUAGUGCUCUUAGCACUUUGCGAUGCCAACUAUUGCUUUACUUAUGUUGAUAUUGGGGCUUAUGGCAAAAGCAGUGAUUCUGCUAUAUUUAAAAAAUCGUUAUUUUAUAAACGACUAACAGAAAAAUCAUUAAAAAUACCAACACCUAAACCAAUAUCUAAUAUAGACCCAACACCAAUGCCUUAUGUUAUAGUUGGAGAUGAAGCCUUUGGCUUAGCAGAAAAUUUAAUGCGUCCAUAUUCAGGCAAAUGUUUACCACAUGAAAAAAGAAUUUUUAACUAUAGGUUAUCGAGAGCCCGACGUAACAUUGAGUGCACUUUUGGUAUUUUGGCAAACAAAUGGCGAAUCUUUCAUAGGCCUAUAAAUGUAAACAUAGAUUUUGCCGAAGACAUAAUAAAAGCCUGUUGUAUUCUACAUAACUAUGUGCGGACUAGAGAUGGUCUACAAUUUAAAGAUACUUUAUAUACUGCACCAUUGAUUAACCUUAAUACCUUGCAUGCGGGAAGAGGGACACCGUCAUCUUUGAAUAUCAGAGAUAAAUUCGCUCAUUACUUUGUGAACGAUGGGCGUGUUCCAUGGCAAGACACAAAAAUAUAGCUACAACUAACAUACCGUACUUGUAAUGUUUAGGUACAUAAAUGUAAACAAACAGAAUAAGGUAAUAACGUUGUGACCGUAAAACAGCCGAAAUUUGUUUAUAUUAAAAUAUACGGAUAGUAUAUUAUACUAGCGCUUCAUAAUAAUAAUUGUAAUAGCUAAUAAUUCUGUCAAUUAAUUUUUAGUCAAUAAACUUACUUACUGAAAAUAUUCUUUUUUUCCAACGUGUCUUCACAAUCUCCAAAUAUCUCCACCAACUCUUGCCAAGCUCGGUUCUUGAUUGUUUUAUUUGAAUAAUCAUUACACUGAAUAUCCCAUAUUGCAGGUCUCUUCUCCACCUCAU